UCUGCAAGCAGAUGAGCGAAAGGCCGCUUUGCAGGCAUAAUGGAGCGGAUUUUAAAAAAAUUCAUUAUUAAUGAAAUGUAAAUAGAAAAGAAACUAAAUGUUUUGUUUUUUUUUCAUAAAAUGACAUCAAGAUGACUAUCUGGGAUACGAAUAUGUGCAAUGAUUAUAUUGGAUCCAAUCUAUGAAUAAAAAUGUAAAUAUCGAGGAGUAUUGGAUGGAAGAUAUAGAUUUUUGUAUUUAAUAAAGCGCGGGAUUAUUGACUGCAUUCGCACGCGCGCAUCGACGCAUAAUCUACGCAUGCUCCACCGACCGGGUAACUCGUGCAUCCGUACUACGGUUUGCGGUUCGAACCUCGAUCGAGGUUACGAUCGAAGUAUGUACAUAUGUGCGACGUGGGACCUCGUUCGAUUCCGGAAUACGUCGCAGGUAAAAGCAUCCGGCGAUCGUUGCAACGACGCGAAUAAUACGCUGUCAACGACAGCGACGUUCCACGAGCAAAAAGUGAGCGAUAAUGCAAGACUUGGAACUAAUAGCGCAAGGCGCGGAGGCGCGCCUUUAUAAGGGCCUCUACUUGGGAAGGAUGAGUCUGGUGAAGGAGAGAUUCGUAAAGAAUUACCGACACCCGGAGUUGGACGCGCGUCUCACCAAGGAUCGCAUCAAGGCCGAGGCUCGGGCCAUCAUCCGGGCGAAAUCGGCAGGUAUAGCAACGCCAGCCCUAUACCUGGUGGACGUAGAACGACGCAGUAUCUACAUGGAGUACGUAGAGAACGCCGCAGUACUCAAGGACUUUAUAGACGAGAAUGUUUCGGGAAAGACGGACGUGGAUGACCUGCUGGAGUUCAUAGGACGCGGAUUGGGCACACUCAUAGCCAGACUGCAUUCGAGACAUAUGAUCCACGGAGAUCUAACUACGUCGAAUAUACUGUUCAAGAAUGACUCGAACGAACUGUCCUGCAACGACCAAUCCGAAGCCGAAACUCGAUUUGUAAUGAUAGACUUUGGACUGGCCCGAUUGGAUUCCACAGUGGAGGAUAAGGCGGUCGAUUUGUACGUUCUCGAGCGAUCACUGCUCAGCGCGCAUUCCGAAGUGCCGACAUUGUUCUCCCGCAUUUUUCAUCACUAUCAGCAGAACUAUCGGAACAAGAGUCAAUGCGAGCAAGUGCUCGCCAAGUAUAAGCAGGUACAGGCGCGAGGACGUAAGCGCUUGAUGAUCGGCUAAAAGAACGAUGGUGUCCUCGAUUAUUGCGAUCUUUUACGAUUCCAAAGAGUACGCGAGGUGUAUAAAUAAAUUUAUUUUUGUAAUUUGCAACACACAUUGAAUUGCAAAUACUUAACUGAACUUUGUACAUUGAUGGAUAUAAAUUGUACGCAUGUGCUUCCA